AUGGUUGUCCUAUGGCUGGUGCUUCCAGCCGCACUAGGCUCCUUUCUCCUGGGGGUCUUUGUCUGGGCUGUCUUUGAGCACUUCCUCACCACUGAUGUCCCCUCUGCUCUACGACAUCCUGCCAAGUUCCAAUUUCUGCACUGCAUAUUUGUCUACGCGGUCACUUUGGGUAAUAUAUUUGAGAAGAUAGGGGUUUGCUCCCUGCCCAGAUUUCUCCAGUCUUUGCAGAACAGCGUGAGAAUCAAGGAGGACCCUGCGCUUGUGGUAACCAACCUGCAUUUUGGGACCAUACCGGUCAGGCUGUUCCAGCCCAAGGCAGCCUCCCCCAACCCCCGGCGAGGCAUCAUUUUCUUUCACGGAGGAGGUGCCUUAAUGGGGAGCCUGGACCUAUACCACAGCCUGCGUGGUUCUCUAGUCUGGGAGACUGACUCUGUGUUGCUGGCGGUUGGGUACCGCAAGCUUCCUGAUCACCAUCACUAUACCCUUUCCUAUGAUUGCCUGAAUGCCUCCAUUCACUUCCCGAAGACCCUGGAAACAUAUGGGGUGGAUUCCUCCCAGGUUGUGCUCUGUGGAGACAGCCCUGGGGCAGGAAUAGUGGCCUUGAUUUCCCAGACCUUGGUGGGCAGGUUAGAUCUUCCUCAAAUCCGGGCCCAGGUCCUGAUUUAUCCCCUCCUGCAACUCAUCAAUUUUCAGCUGCCAUCCUUUCACCAGAACUCACGCAUCCCAUUCCUCACCCAGAAGUUAAUGAUAACUUCUGUGUUUAAAUACCUGCUUAUCGACUUCUCCUGGUGGGAUGCCAUCAUGAGUGGGGCUUUUAUUCCCCCCGAAGUCUGGAAGAAGUACCGGAAGUGGCUUAGCACUGACAACCUACCCAACAGGUUCAAGAAGACAGGCUGCCAACCUGUGUUUCCUGCCCCUUUUAAUGAGGCUGCCUAUCUAGAAAAUAAACACUUGUUGGAUGUGGAAUAUUCACCCCUUUUAAAGGAUGAUGAGAUCAUAGCCCAGCUUCCGGAGGCCUUCCUGGUGAGCUGUGAGAAUGAUAUCCUCCAUGAUGAUGCCUUGUUCUAUAGGAAGCGCUUGGAGGUGGGGGUCCCUGUGACGUGGUACCAUGUGGAGGAUGGCUUUCAUGGAUCACUGUUAGUUUUUGAUAAGAAGUCAUUCUCUUUCCCAUGCUCCCUGAAAAUUAUGAAUGUUGUAGUCUGUUACAUAAAGAGCAUACUGUAA